AGCCAUGAAUGGCAACAUGCAUUUUCGUACCAAGCCACCAUUAACGCACUUCACACCAGAGUGAAGCUUCCUUCCUUCCUUCUUCUUCCUGCUCCUCUUCUCUCUCUCUCUCUUAUACAGACUUGCUUUGCUUUCUGAGAGUUACGCAAAAGCAGAAGAGUGAGAAAGAAAAGGAAAGCGUUUUACUUUUUCUUAGUUUGUCUGCCAUCUUCAGAUCUAGCAACGAAUCGAUACCAAACUUGGAGGGUUUGGGUUCUCGCCGCAAAAUCAAGAAGCAGAGAGGAGAGGCCUCCCUCUUCUUCUUCGUCUGAACUCGAGACAGGACUGAAGAGAUGCACGCCAAGUCCGAUUCGGAGGUGACGAGCCUCGCCGCGUCGUCGCCGACGCGAUCGCCGCCGCGGCGGCCGGUGUAUUACGUGCAGAGCCCGUCCCGCGACUCCCACGAUGGGGAAAAGACGUCGCUGCAGUCGACGCCGGUGCUCAGCCCCAUGGGGUCCCCUCCCCAUUCCCAUUCGUCCUUGGGUCGCCACUCCCGCGAGUCCUCCACCAGCAGGGUCUCCGGCUCCCUGAAAUCCGGCUCCAGGAAGAUCUCCCCCCACGACUGCAACGGCAGGGGCGGGAAGGGCGGGAAGCCAUGGCGGAACAUUCCUGCCAUCGAAGAGGAAGGGCUGCUCGAGGAAGAGGAAGAGGACAAGGGGAUCCCCCGUCGCUGCUACUUCCUCAUCUUCGUUCUUAGCUUCAUCCUUCUGUUUUCCUUCUUCUCCUUGAUCCUCUGGGGUGCUGCUCGUCCUCAGAAGCCAACUGUCACCAUGAAGAGCGUUGUCUUCGAGAGCUUCAACUUGCAGGCGGGAUCCGAUUCAUCCGGCGUGCAGACCGUCAUGCUGUCGAUGAAUUCGACUGUAAAAUUUGUCUAUAGAAACACUGCCACAUUUUUCGGAAUCCAUGUCUACUCUACACCAUUGGAUCUCUACUUUUCAGAGUUGAAUGUUGCUACCGGAAAUAUCGCGAAUUUCUACCAGAGGAGGAAGAGCCAGAGGACAGUGAGUGUGUCUUUGCAGGGGAACAGGGUUCCCCUCUAUGGUGGUGGAUCUGGACUGAGCACAACCAAUCCAGAAAAUAACGUUGUCCCCAUGAAUCUCACAUUCACCGUGAGAUCAAGAGCGUUUGUGCUCGGGAAGCUAGUGAAACUCAAGUUCUACACAGGGGUUCUGUGCCCAGUAGUGCUGGACCAGUCGAAGCUUGGGAAGCAAGUGUCUCUGCAGAAACUAUGCCACAUUGAUGACUGAGAAAGACGAAGAAGGGGGGAAUCCGGACUGUGGAAGAAACGUGAACAUGAUUCUUCACUGUCGGUGGAAGUCUGGAAGCGCACAGCUAGAGGGAUGCAGGUGUCAGACUCUCUCUCUCUCUCUCUCUCUCUCUCUCUCUCUCUCUCUCUCUCUCACUGUGUGAGAGGGAUUCUUUUUUUGUAUGGGAUUAUCAUAAUGUGAGCUCCCAAUAAAAGCAUAUUAUAUUAUAUACAUGUGCAUGUCUUUUGUCAUGCAGAGAGCAGUAGGUUUAUUAGGAUCUCAAUGAGCGUCUGUUUACAUGUUGUCUUCCUCACUUUAGGGUUGUAACACUGCUCUUGAUUGAUCAAUUAAUUUAUUUUUUUCUUGCU